CGCAUGCGCUGUAAGGCUGUACACGUUUCCACAAAAUUUUAUUUCCAGAAAAUAAAAUGGGUGGCCUACUAAGUUACUUCAGUGGAUUAUUUGGAUCAAAGGAACGGAGAAUCCUUAUUCUUGGACUCGAUGGAGCUGGAAAAACUACAAUUUUAUACAGACUUCAAGUUGGGGAGGUUGUCACUACCAUUCCAACAAUUGGCUUCAACGUUGAAACAGUCAUUUACAAAAACCUAAAAUUCCAAGUAUGGGACUUGGGUGGACAAACCAGUAUUAGGCCAUAUUGGCGAUGCUACUACUCAAACACAGAUGCUAUAAUAUAUGUAGUCGACAGUAUGGACAGAGACAGAAUAGGCAUAUCAAAACAGGAGUUAGUCUCUAUGUUAGAGGAAGACGAAUUGAAGAAAGCAAUUCUUGUUGUAUUUGCCAACAAACAGGACAUUGAAGGUGCAAUGACAGUUACUGAAGUCGCCAAUGCAUUGGGGCUUUCAUCUUUAAAGAAUAGGAAAUACCAAAUAUUUAAAACAUCAGCGAUCAAAGGGGAAGGUCUAGAUGAAGCAAUGGACUGGCUAUCAAAUUCAAUUCUUCAGCAGAAGUAGAUGAAUGAGUGAUGCCAUUUUAGUUUGUGAGACUGCCUAUUUAUGAAAUGAAUGAUAUCUCAAUGAAUAGACAAACCGUUGUACACUAAUAUUGUAUAUAGGGUAACAUAGGUGAUGCUCAGAAUGGAUCUAGGAUUAAUGUGAACAAAGAAGGGACAGACAGUUUAAACCAUGUCUAGGUGUAUAUGUAAAUAGACAGUUUCUACAACAUAUAAAUAAAUAUAUAUGUAUGGACAAUAUACCACAUUUUAGAUACAUUGUGGAAUGUGGAUGGACAGUUUAGACCAUAAGUUUUACCAUACACAUAAAUAGAUGUAUGGUUGUACAGUUUUAUAAUACUUUGUAUGGGAAUCUAUUGGAAGUCUUUUAAUAUUUAUUACACAUUGUAUUUCAGAGAAUGUAUUACACACUUUUUGAGGGGGGCUUUUUACCUAAUCUCAAAA